UAGGGAGGUAUAAGGUGGACCAAGCAGUGUAUGCUCCCAGAAUACGAUAAAAGAACAAAACAAAACAGAUGAAACGAUUAUAACACUUAAAGGUGCUAAAAUUCUUGAACAAGAAGUUUAUUUGUCAAGUCUAGUGAACGAAGAAGCCAAAUGAAAAGUUAAAAAAUUGUAUAAAACAUCGUGCGGAAAUGUAUGCCCUUUCUUGGACUAGAAAUGCCAAUAAGGACACAGAGCAAUAUAGAAACGGAUAUCCGGAUAAAAAAGAUGACCCAGGACUUGAUGACAACUACAGAUUCUAUACGAACCAAAUCACUUCAAAACCCAACGGCGAUUAUAUAGAUCAGAUUCAUGUGAAAUGGUGGGGAGAUUACAAAAAACUAGAAGCUCAUCAUGGGUACAUACAGUGGCUUUUCCCGAUCAGAGAAUCUGGUUUGAAUCGUUAUGCCAAGGAGUUACAGCUACAUGAAAUAGAGAAAAUUAAAGCGGAUGAUAAGGCUAUACAGAGGAUUUUGAUAUCUUACAAAAUGAUGCUAGAUUUCUAUGGAAUGAAGUUGGAUAAUGAGAAAGAUGGUACAGUUGUGAGGAGUGAAAACUGGACAGACAGAUUUAAACAUCUCGACAGGUCAUUCCACAACUAUUUGAGGAUAACAAGAAUACUGAAAUGUCUAGGAGAAUUUGGAUAUGAACAUCUAAAGAAAAACUUUGUAAAGUUCAUAUUGCAUGAAGGAAUGGUUGAAGGUACCUUAUCUAACGUCAUUGACAGUUGUGUCAAGUAUUGGAUUGGCGUUUUGAAAGAUGAUGAGGAAAGGGAAGAAAUAUUUGACUAUUAUGAAAAACUGUUGCAAGAUGAAAAUCUUCAAACAAAAAGGAGAAAUAGAUCACCUUCUCCUCCAAGUAGCUAUUGGUCAGACAAGAUUGAAGAUUCAAAGUCUGAUAAAAAGUCAUUAUCCAAAAAUGGAAAAGAUAAAAAAGCUGAUAAUGUGAAAGACAAAAAAGAUGAAGUCGAUGGAGAUAAUAAAAAUGAAAUUUCUGAUGAUGGCGAGGAUGGAACUCUAUAUUAUGCUAUGAGUUUGAUUGAUGAGGAUCUUCCAAAAGGAAAGUCAAGAAAGGAUCAUGAAAUGUCUGAUUCAGGGCCUGAAAAUGAUGACCACCCAGAAGAAAGCCAAGAGAUGGCACAUUUGAAAGAAGAAGCAAAGACAUCCAAGAACGAUGAAUUGGAAGGAGGCAGUGAGUGUGAUGACAGUGUACCUGGAAAAAUGACCACUGGAAAAAUUAAUUCGGUUAAUGAAACUGAAGAAGAAGGUCCCAAAGAAAUUGUUGAGCAAAAUUCAGGAGACAAAACAGAGUCUGAUGGCAAGUCUUCUACUAUAAAUGGAGAAAUAAAGGAAAUAGAGGAGAUAGAUCCAGUUGGCAGUGAAAAUGAAAACAAAGGUAAUGACAAAAAAGAUGUUGUUGGUAAUUCAGAAGAUGAAAGGACUGAUCCUAAUAAAGAAAAACAUUUUGAAAAAAGUGCUUUAAAAACUUCAGAUGAAAAUGUUGACCUUUUACAGUCUAAUCAUGAAAAGAUGGAAACAACAGACACAGAAAAUGGUACUCAUUCUGAUUCAGAACUUGCUGCCAAAGGUAAUAAGAUAAAUCUAGAAGAAAAAAGUAUAGAAUCUACAGAGAGUAAUAGCAACAAAAUUAGCAGUGAAGUUGAAAAUAAAGAAGAAGAAUUGAUGGAAACAGAAACAGGAAAUUAAAAAAAUAUAUUAAUAUAACAUGAUUACAAUACAUUUCAAGUGCACUGAGACAAUGACAUGUUUAGUUUCAACCAUUUUCACAAUGCUGUUUUUAUUUGUUUGGGUCGUCAGACCAAACAAAUAAUGGUAGCGAAAUUUCAGAGUCGAAUGCUGUUAAUUGCAAAUGCCUAAAGUAGUCCACUUUUUGAAGCGGUUACUUCCCUUUAUAUGUACACUAAUGCCGAAAAAUUCAGGGGAGAUCAAUGCGUAAAGAUUGUCAAAUGACAGGCGCAUUAAUUUUCAAGCAAAGUAGUUCCCGAAUGGUCGAAGAUUUCUAAUAUUGUUUCAUUCUUUAUAGAUAUACAUGCUUAAAGUAAGCUCCAUGAUUAUUUACAUCUGUGUUAAACAACAGGUUUAGCGUCAAAAUAAUAAGAGUUACAAACCCUUAUUAAGAAUAAUAUGGUUUUCUUCAGGCCUAUAACAUAUAUAUCCACUGUGGCCGAAGGGUUUGCACGCUCGCUUCGAGAGGUCUAGAGUUCAAAUCCCAGUUGAGGCAACUCAUUUUUUUAAAAAAUGUUUUAAGUCAAAUAAACAUUGAAUUGACUAUCAGUGUUGCAAUUAGUCUUAUAGCCAAUUUACUACAGUUAUAACACUGGAAAGCAUUGGUGGCACUUUACAAAAACAAAUUGGUUUAUAAUCUCACAACCUUCACCUUUCUGACAUUCUGAGACCCAAACAAAUUCAGCGCCAUCUGUGCUUUGAUUUUUCUUUUUGAUAAGUUUGAUCAUUAUUGAAUCAUUGAGAGAAAAAAGACAUUGUGAGAUAGGAAUAACUACUGCAUUAAAUUUGUAACUUUCCGUUAUUUAUGUAAUAGAUUUUUCCUUCUUUUAAUUUGAAAUUUUCCUUUGUGAGUUGUUUGGAUUGCAAUAUAAAAGUACGGAUUUGCCAGGUUGAUAGAGAAACUUGACUUAAAAGAGGUGAAAGCUAAGUCUUGCUUAAUACUGAUGGCAGAAGACAUGUUAACUUGUUAAUGAACUGAAAGAUAAUGAUUUUGCAUCUAUUAUUAGACAAAAUUUGAUUGGUUGCAAAUAAGGUGCUGGUACCUUAAUUGUGUGCAAGUCUUUUUAGCUGAAGAGCCAAACAGUGUGUUUCUCCAGUAUGUGUGGUACACAAAGUUAAGGUUAUGUUCUAUCCUAUAUACCCCUGAAUAUACUAGUAUUCACACAAAAAAUAUAUAAAUAAAACUGUAACUGUUGGCCCCUGCUCAUGACAGAUAACUUUUGCGUUGAUUUUGACUAUCCGAGACUAACCUCAACUCAAAUAUAUUAUUGAUUUUUUGUUUUAUCCAGAAUUUUUUUUUUGAUGAAAAAUCUUGAACUGUUGCAUUUUUGAUAACUUAGUAUCAAGAGUGUUCAUGUACUUGGAUUCAUCAUUAAAUUAGAUUGUCAUAUUUGUGAUAGUUCAUUCAUGCCAAUGAUAUUUACAGAAAUAUUUGUAUAGAUGAUAAAUGAAUUAAAGACAUAGUAUUU